UCGUUGACGUUUUACUUGAUUGUACAAAAAGAAGGUUCACAUCUCGAAUCCGUUCUGUUUUUUUUCUGAAAGUACCUUAGUAAUUUUAGUUUAGUCAGUUUUCAAGAGAUAGUAAGAUACAUACAAUUAUUUGGGAUUUUUUUAAUUAUUCCAUCCAUUUGCGUUGGUGACAAAAUUAGAAAUACACAGUGUUAUUUAAUAUCGAUAACCUUUUUACCCUUUAAGUACACUGCAGUGCAGAUUCAGUUAAAUAAACCUAUUUCAUCAAUUCGUGCUAUUUUAAUUCGUGAAUAUGCGUAUGUGAUUUCAAUAUUUAUGUGUUUUAAUUAUAAAGCUUGCGAAGAAAAUUGAUAUUGACACUCGGAGAUAACAAGAUAGUGCAUGUUUAGGUUAUCAGGAAUUCUGAGUAAACAGAUAAGCACAAAACAUUUUUGUUUCUAUUUAAUUUCUAAACGAAGAAGACAUCAAAGGUUUUUCGAAAUGGAGAACACAAUUUCGGCACUGAUGAAUCAAGACAACUCAUAUGUCUAUAAGAAAUACUAUCGGCGUGCUGAACAUAGAAUCUUCGUAAAUAGAUCUCUACAUUUAGAAAAUGUUAAGUUUUACGGAUUUGAUAUGGACUACACACUGGCCGAAUAUAAAUCGCCACAGUAUGAAACUUUAGGAUUUAAUUUAACGAAAGAAAGAUUAGUUUCCAAAGGAUACCCUCGAGAAAUAUUAGAAUUUGAAUACGACCCAUCUUUCCCAGUAAGAGGCCUGUGGUUCGACACUUUAUAUGGUAAUCUAUUAAAAGUAGAUGCAUACGGAAAUAUAUUAGUUUGUGUUCAUGGUUUUGAAUUUCUUAAACAUUCACAAGUAUACGAAUUAUAUCCAAAUAAGUUCUUGACGUUGGACGAGUCGAGAGUUUAUGUUCUGAACACAUUAUUCAACUUGCCAGAAACAUAUCUCAUAGCGUGUUUAAUAGAUUUCUUCACCAACUCACCACAGUAUACGAGAGAGAAAACAGGCGUACGAUGUGGCGAUCUAGCAAUGUCCUUCAGAUCAAUUUUCCAAGACGUGAGAAGCGCCGUAGACUACGUCCACAUCCACGGGGACCUGAAAAAGAAAACCAUAGAGAAUCUAGACUUGUAUCUGAAGAAGGACGAGAGGCUACCUAUGUUCCUGUCUAGGAUCACAGAAAGCGGAGCUAAGCUCUUCAUUCUAACUAACAGCGAUUACAAUUUUACCGACAAAAUUAUGAAUUACCUGUUUGAUUUUCCUCACGGUGCCAAGCCCGAAGACCCACACAGGAACUGGAAGACCUAUUUCGACUGGAUCGUAGUGGACGCGAAGAAACCCUUAUUCUUCGGCGAGGGUACCACCCUGCGGCAGGUGGACACCCGCACGGGCGCGCUCAAGAUGGGUCACCACGUCGGACCUUUGCAUGAAAAGCACGUCUAUUCCGGAGGUUCAUGCGACGUUUUCACCGAGCUGAUCGGCGCUAAAGGCAAAGACGUCCUUUACAUCGGCGACCACAUAUUCGGCGAUAUUCUCAAGUCCAAGAAGAUCGGCGGUUGGCGCACGUUCCUCAUCGUGCCGGAGUUGGUGCAAGAGCUUCAUGUGUGGACCGACAAAUGUUCGCUGUUCGCACAGCUGCAGACCUUGGAUGUACAACUAGGAGAUAUGUACAAAGAUUUGGACUCGAGUACUAAGGAAAAGCCGGACAUAUCUAAACUGCGCAUGGCGAUCCGCGACGUGACGCACAAAAUGGACCUCGCGUACGGCAUGCUCGGGUCUCUCUUCCGAUCUGGAUCCAGGCAGACCUUCUUCUCUUCACAGGUGGUAAGGUACGCGGACCUAUACGCCGCGUCGUUCCUGAACCUGAUGUACUACCCGUUCUGCUACAUGUUCCGCGCCCCGGCGAUGCUCAUGCCGCACGAGUCCACCGUCGCCCACGAGCAACACUUCACAGUCGACACCCCCACCAUCGACAGAUCGCGGCACCCGAGCGCGGUGCGCGCCUACAACGUGAUAUCGGAGGACUCCUCCGAGGACCACGUGGUGGCUGCACCAGAAUUACCUGAUGCUAAGCAGACGCCAGCGUCCGUGCCGCACGCGCGGCCCGAGACGCCGCGCCAGCUGACGCACACGCACGACGAGGACUGCUCCGACGACGACGACGUCGCCAAGACCGCCGCCGCCAAGUAGACGACACGCGACACAUCGCCGACAUGUUGCUGAAACUGUUCAACACGCUGACACAUGACGGCCAACAUCUUGUCCAAGAUGCAGCCCCUAAAAGUGUUCCUUAUUCAAUUUACGCUGCGAUAAUAAAAAAAGAAAAGAACAGAAUGCUGAUACAUGAAGGUCUGACCUUCUGGUCUGGCUUUGCCAACAUACAACCAAUAAACAUGAAAUGUUCCUUAUUCAAUUUACGUCAAGAUAUAAUUAAAGCACAAGAUAGCUUAGAUUGAAAUGAAUAUAUAUGCUGCCUAAAUACAUAUAAAACUAACUUUUUCCUGGAGCCGAAAAAUUCCUUUACUAGCUAGUUGACAUUUCAAGUUCUGAUUCGACUAUGAAUUUUUGAUUGGAGUUGUUGUUUCAUGCAUUGAAUCUAUUUUAAAAGUUUAUGGGCUUGAUAAGUGGCGUUAAUUCAAUACUGACAAAUGGUUAAAAUCCUAUCAGAGAUAAUUUGGUAAACAAUUCCUAAGUGGUAAGUCACUUCUGUGAUGUAUUAGCUCAGUAACAGUAUAAUCAAUUCUGCUUUACAGUAAGAGUCAAAAUAAUUUUAAAUUAUGAUCCUAAUAUGUUUAGUUUAUUAUGUCAAUUUACUAAAAUUAAUCAAUACAAUAUACCAACCCACGCAGAAACAUUUUCAAUUGAUUUUUGUUACAUAAUUGGUACUUUAAUGUUCUUUGACAUUAAAAUGUAUUUAUUAUUUGACUAAAUGUUUGAGGCUUGAAUAGAUGUUUUAACAAGUAAAAAGAUAUUUAGAUCAUCACAAUAAUGUUAAUACUUCUAAUGUUUUGUUUUGGUACACGUUUAUAAACUAUUGUUUUUUACCGAUAUAAUUUACACUGUUAGCCUUUAUUUUGUCUUGAUAUGACAAUUUGAAUCGACUGUUGCCUCAGUAUCGUAUCGGUUCGGUACGGCUACUUGUUUGAUAGUCUAGGAACCGAAAUGAAUUCUUUCUGUAUCUCUUUUCUUUACAUGAAACAGUAGUCUUUCCAAAAAAUUGUCUCAAGCAAAGACUCUAGAAUUUUCAUGAGUUCAUGGCAUGGGGCUUUACACAGUGAUUAAGCAUUUACCUUAUCUUUCAUGUUUCUUUAUCGCGCAAUCACCCACGCAGCCAUUCAAACUUGUUUUUUCUUCCUGCUUUUUUUUCUUUUUGUUAAAUUAAAAAGAAUAACCUUUAAGGUUUGAUACGAUCUCUGCCGCAUCGACACGAUAUACACAUAAUAGAAGCAAAAACACAAAAGAAGAAUGUGAGAUGUCCCUGUAACUAAAUCGUGAACCAUUUCCUAAAACAAGCAGAAGUUUCGAUCAUAGUAUCCGUUCUGUAACCUUUUUUAGUCAGGUAAGAAACCACAGGGUUACCUUGAGUUGUGAUUGGAUAUUAUCGUGUUUGUAGCUCUUCACUUAGGAAACGAAAGUUUCAGUUGUUAUGAACUUACAACUUCGUAGGUUUGGUGAAGCCAAUUCCCAACAUUGUGAUGACGUGUGUUGUAAAAUGUAGGUAACUAAUGAUUCGAAUGUAUGUACAUAAAUAAAUUAAUAUAAUAUUGCUUAUGUUAAUCAGUGAUUAAAUGUUUUGUUACUUUA